AUGUCCCUUUCAAAUGAGAUAGCCCGGUAUAUUACCAACAAUACGGUACUAGCCAAUAUCUACAACAAGGAAAAUAUUACCGUAUUUCUACCGAGUAACGACGCCUACUUAAACAUGAAUGAGAGCCAGUUCGAUUACCCACGAGCCGAUGUACAAACAUGGACCAGAAUCCUCCAGUACGGUGCCUUGGACGGAGCAUUCUAUCUGGAUGAUAUGACUGAGAACACUCAUCAUCCUACCCACUUGGGUUCCAAUCGUUAUAUAUAUUUCAAUUAUUACCCAAUUACCAGUACCUCAGGGUACCACACAGUAAACGGCGCCAGGAUAGUUCGAGGAAAUAUAAGGGGAGAUAAUGGAAUAGUCCAUAUUGUAGAUAGAGUUAUUGCCCCUUACUGUAGUUACAAGACUUUGCCAGACUAUCUAGAAUCACCCGACAUCAGAUUUUACUCCUUUAGUUCUAUAAUAAAAGCAAGAAUAGUGGUGCCAGAGUUAGCCCGAAAAACCAACCGAUCUGAUUUCUUCUUUACUUCCUUCUCACCCAAUGAUUCCUAUUUAUAUCCCAUGCCAGUGUAUGGGCAGGAUCGACUCUUUCAAAACUGGACUCUGCUACAACAGGUGUAUAAAGCUCAUUUGAUACCAAACGGUGUCCAGUUUAUACCCACUCGUGGUCCGAUACCAGAUUUUACCACAAUACAGGGAGAUAAACUUACGUUUACUAGAUAUAAUGGACAAGUAUAUGUGUCCAAUAACAAAGUACGAGCAAGAAUUGUCCAGGCCAAUAUUGCUGUAACGAACGGUGUGCUUCAUGUUAUAGAUAAUUUACUUCAUUUUGUUUACCAAACUAUCAUGCAGCGACUUGAAUUUAUUCCUGAAGCCAAAUCUAUGUUAGGAUAUAUGAAUCAACUUCCCCAGGAUUUAAAGGACAGAUUAAACAGUAAUAAAAACGAAACGUUUACCGUGUUUGUCCCGACUCUUCUGGCGUUCGCGAAAAUCCCAGAAACACAGCAACAAGAGCUGAGAAGAACAGAUGAGGAGGGAUUAAAAACAUUGAAUUAUUUAAUUCAAGGUCACAUCAUUCCGGGGAGAGAAAUCACAUCAAAGGAUCUGGAAUCAGACCAGACGUUAACCACCAUUGAUGAUAAGAUUGUUUCCAUUAUCCACGUCAAUGGAGAAACCUAUAUCGAGAGUGGAACAGUACGAGCUAAGAUUGAAGUGAUGGAUUUAGGUUGUACCAAUGGUGUGAUACAUCUCAUUAGCAAUGUUCUGUUCAUGAAGAACUUUACUCUGUGGGAAGCCAUGGAAAAUAUCCCUCUUAUUAGCAAGAUGUUUUCAUUCGCUAUGAGGUAUCCUGAUAUAGAGGAGAGUAUGAUAUCCGAUAACACGGGACCUAGAACUGUUUUUAUAGCUAGUAAUGAUGUACUGAACCAGGCCAACCUGACAUAUCUCAUGUCCUUUCCUUAUAUAGUACAUGAGGCAAUGAAGGGCCAGAUUGUCCAGGGAAUCCACAUGUCUUCAGAUAUAGCCAGAUCCAUCCAAGUUGGUACGAUGGCAGGCAAAACACUGACACUUUAUAAAGAGGAAGAGUCCGGGGAAUUCUAUGUCGAGGGAAGUCAUGUUCGAGCUAAAGUGAUCGUGAAGGAUAUCUGGUGCUCGAAUGGAGUGAUGCAUAUAGUGGAUGACAUUCUUCAUUUACCGAUUAGAAGCGUUCUUCAAGAACUUUCUCGGCGACCUGAACUCACGUUUACCUAUGGUAUGAUAGAUGCAGUCCAGGCUGUAGAAGAGAAAUUAUCAAACCUCUCAGAGAAUUUCACCCUGUUUAUUCCACAUAACAGUGCUUUUACUAAAUUACAGUGGUCUACUAUAGACGAUGUUUUAAAGGAUAUCUCUGUUGCCAAAAAGAUGUUGGAGUGUCAUAUUGUAUCUGGUGUAGCUAAAUAUAUAGAUGAAAUACGAGAUGGAGAGAUGUUACAGGCUGAUGAAAAUGAUAUUUAUCUCAUUAGAAACAAGGGGCAUGUAUUUGUGAUCAAUAAUAAUCUAUGGGCGAGAAUCCUGACCCCCGAUAUUCCGGCUAGUAACGGUAGAAUUCACAUCAUAGAUACUAUCUUCUCCUUACCCUACAUGUCGGUAGCCGAGGCACUGGAGAAUAUGGAAGAACUACAGCCGUUUCAAGACCUAAUGAGUUUGGUUCCAGAAUUUAAUGAUCUGAUCACAUCUAAAGACAGUCGGAAGAUGACAUUGUUUAUACCCUCGGGGAAGUUUAUAGAAUCUCUUGGAUACGAUCCGAUCGAUAGAAUACAAAAAUCACCUAAAAUAUUGAGAAGGUUGUAUGCUGGCCAUGUUUUACCUCAGAUGAGAUUCGAUGACGCUUUCUUACGUAAAUACCCAGAAACUGAUUACGUCAGCAGAUCUGCCUUAAACGUCACAUUUACAAUUAGUCGCUCAGGACCAGAAUCUGUAAUCGACGCCGGAUAUGAGAAACAUGAAAUAGAUUUGGUCAGACGAGGGUUUGCCUUCACCAAUGGUGUGAUCUAUAUCAUCGACUCCUUCCUGAAUUAUUCUCCUCUCAAUCUACUGGAGAGACUCCGAAAUGAGGUCACUGUCAGAGAAUCUAUUAUUCUGCUGGAUCUUCUCGUCACACCAAACGUCACUGAUCUUCUGCAACGUGAUGACGUCAUGUUCACCUUCCUAGCCCCGAGUGAUAUCUCAUCAAAUCUCGGAGAAUUCAGCGAUUUUGCCAAAAGUUCAGAUUGGGACAGAGAAGAAAAAUUAACAGUAUUUUGGAGACACGUUAUAAAUGAUUCGGAAGUGACGUAUAGUGAUUUAAAACAAGGUUAUAUCAGACCGGAAAUAUUACCAUAUGACGUCACACUUCAAAGAGACAAUGGCGAUGUACGAUUCAGUUGGGAAAAUCUCCAAGGUCGCGUCAUAAAGUCGAAUUUACUCGCGUCGAACGGAAUAAUCCACGUCAUCGACAAGUUUUUAUAUAAGGAUAUGACGCCAACGACGACGACACGUAGAACGUAUCCAAUGGAUUCAAGUCAACCGCGUUCAACGCAGACGACAGCCAAUGCACAGCCUGUACAAGCAGCUGUGUCCUUACGCCAUGAAAAUAUAGUUCUACUAUUAACUUUAGUUUUGACGUGGACAUUGUUAAGAAUUAUCACGUGA